AUGUCGACUGCAUCUGAGCCCCCUUCCGCGUCCAGCCCAUCCUCCUCACCAAGCUCUGGAUCAAAUGGCAACAACAGCGGACCUACAAGCUCGCCGCUGCUAUUUUUUGUAGCCCUGGGCUUUGGUGUCGUCUUCACAAAUCUCUGGAUCAUUGUUGGUGUAAAAUACUGCUUCAGAUAUAACCGCCGUCGCGCAGCACAAGCCGCUGCCGCAGAUGGCGAGCCCAUCGACCUCACCCAGAUGCCGCGACCGCACAGGAGGAGGCGAGAGAAGAAGCUGAUGACCAUGGACGAGGUCAAUGAGCGCUUUCCUCUGUCCAAGUACAAGCAAUGGAAGUCGACUCGGGAGACGGAAGGUCUGCCAGCCAGUGGAGGCAUUGCAACUGCACCUGCGAGUCGAGCAGCCAGUAUGAAGGACGUCGAAGGUGUCAUCUCAGCCAAGGACGAAGGCGCAUCGAGCCCGACGCGCGACACUGCGCUCUCCAUGGCCCGCGAGGACGUAACGGCUGCCAACUCUUCAUCGCAACCACUGCCGCCCUCGCCAAGAAUGAGCGAGGACGACAAGGAUUUGGAGAAGAGACCAGUGGGUCACAAUCCCGCUACCAGGACGAGCGAGACAAUCGAGGUUGGCAAGAAUUCACCACAGGUGAAUGUGCGCAAGGACGACGAAUCCGAUGACGACGACGACGACCCGAUCCGCACCGCUGCCGCCCCGGAGAUGCUUGCUGAGCCCGGUGACACCUGUGCUAUUUGCUUAGACACAUUGGAGGACGACGAUGAGGUGCGAGGAUUGACUUGCGGCCACGCCUUCCACGCCAGCUGCGUUGAUCCAUGGUUGACCAGUCGACGUGCCUGCUGCCCGCUGUGCAAAGCAGACUACUACGUACCCAAGCCGCGACCAGAGGGGGAAGUUGAGCAGACCCAGAACGGUCGUGUCCGCGUUGGUCUACGGUCACCCACAUCGCCACAACCUGUGUGGACCACUACCCGUGGCAACCCCUUCUCGCGCUCGCGAGUCGUCAUAUUGUCCAACCCUGCCGGACCACAAUCCCAAUCUGUCGAUCGAUUCGGCCGUCUAGGCCGUCCUACCCGAGAGCAACGCGCUCCAAGUGCCAAUGCCAAUGCGCAGCUUGAACAAGGUCUCAUGUCACGCAUUCGUGCGGCUCGCGCACCCCGCCCAGCUUUGGGAAGCUGGUUUGGUCGUAACCGAAAUGCUGCUCCCUCGGACGCUACCCCUGCGCCACAGCCCACUCCUGGCCAGCUUGAAGCCGGCAACCGAUAGUCCUUAGUAUCGGUAGUCCUUCGUGUCAUUGCUCAUAGCUUGCACACGACCUUCCACGCCCGUUCAUGAACUUGAUUACCCCCUGUUUUCCGCGAGUACAUCAUUUACUCCGGCGUUAGCACCUCUCUACUGGGUGCAUAUCCAUCGAAGCGUGGAGCAGUAUCAUCAUACCCUUUCAUGGUUGUGGUAGUGCAACUUGCGAAUUUUAGGAUAGAUAUAUUGGUGAGAUCGGUCUGCGGACAUUUCACCACCGCGACGGCACUGUAUAUGAGACAUAGUUUCGGAUAGGAUAACAAUACCACUUUCAUGUACCUCUUUGAA